GUGGACCUGCGGACUCAGCUGUCAUCUACAAGAGCUUUAUACUCUGUUGUUUCUGUGGAUUUUCUUCUGAUACUUCCUGGAGGAGGAAUCAAUCUGUCUUUGUCACCUAAAGGAAACUUUUUUUAUUUAUUGUUUUAGAUCUGAAGGAAGUUUUUGUUUCUCGGCUGAGUGGGACAGAACAUCUCAGCUGAGACCCGGCGGUGCCGCGUACGCAUGGAGGCUGAUCGGUGGAGACUUUCUGUCUUGUUCUGAGGUCACAGAUCGUCAUUCCAAACCAGCGUCAUUUCUGCAGGCCCGAAAGAGUUCCCCGACUUCACCAAAGUGCAUAGGCCUUCCAUUCAAGGAGCCUGGAGCUGCAGGAAGAGAGAAGAGCGAGAGGGAGAGAAAAUAAACACAACUUUAAAAAAGACGCUCUUCAUGAAUUCCCCAAAAACCUGAAAGGCAAAUACUGCACGUUGGCUGGCGGUCCUGAGGAGGCAUGUGGACAAUGAGUAUGGCUUGGCUCUGUCUCCCUGCCUACACUGUCCUCCUUGUUGGUUGCUUUCAUACAGCUGUCACGGAAAGCGAUGUCACUCCACGCCUUGCCUUCUCCUACAAUGCGAAGGAGAGGACAACCAAAAGUUUCUCAGUCGGUGGAGUCCUCAACUACACCUCUCUCCUCCUCAGUAAAGAAGACAACACGCUGUACGUUGGCGCUCGGGAGAUUCUCUUUGCUCUCAACCUCACGGAUAUCAGCGCAGUCAAGCUACAAAGAAAUCUCACGUGGAAAACUCCAGAGAGGAAGAGAGACGAGUGCAGCUUCAAAGGCAAAGACCUGCAGACUGAUUGUUUCAACUACAUCAAGAUUUUACUACAAAUGAACAGCACUCAUCUGUACGUGUGUGGAACAUACGCCUUCAGCCCCACCUGUGCUUACAUAAACUCUGAAGACUUCUCCCUUGUCAAGAGUGACACCGGUGAGAUUGUUACAGAAGAUGGAAGAAGCCGCUGUCCAUUUAACCCUGACUACAAGUCCACUGCCAUCAUGGCUGAUGGAGAGCUGUAUGCCGGUACAGUCAGUAAUUUCCAAGGAAAUGAACCCGAUAUUUACAAGAGUCUAAGCCAAGGAACUGCUCUAAAAACAGAAAACUCACUCAACUGGCUUCAAGACCCGGCCUUUGUUGGCUCUGCUUACAUACAGGAGAGCCUGCCCAAGGGCAACCUCGUGGGCGAUGACGAUAAGAUUUACUUCUUCUUCAGUGAAGCAGGAAAGGAGUUUGAUUUCUUUGACAACACCAUUGUGUCACGCAUUGCUCGCGUGUGUAAGGGGGACAUGGGAGGCGAGAGGGUUCUGCAGAAGAAAUGGACGACCUUCCUGAAGGCUCAACUGUUAUGCUCUCUGCCUGAUGACGGCUUCCCCUUCAACAUAAUCCAAGACAUGUUUGUGCUGACACCCAGCCCCGACGACUGGAAGAACACUGUGUUUUAUGGAGUCUUCACGUCUCAGUGGUAUAAAGGUGCUUCAGGAAGCUCUGCAGUGUGUUCUUUCACUAUGGACCAAGUGGAAAAGGCGUUCAAUGGGCGAUACCGUGAGGUCAACCGAGAGACUCAACAGUGGUACACAUACAAUCAUCCGGUGCCAGAGCCUCGUCCUGGAGUGUGUAUCACAAAUGCUGCCAGGGAACAGGGCAUCUCCUCCUCGCUGCACAUGCCGGACAAGGUGCUGAAUUUUGUCAAAGACCACUUCCUGAUGGACAGCGUGAUCCGCAGCCAGCCUCUCCUGCUAAAACGUAACGUUCGCUACACGCAGAUCGCAGUCCAUCGAGUCCAGGCGGCAAAAAAGGUGUAUAAUGUGCUCUUCAUUGGCACAGAUGAUGGGAGACUUCACAAAGCCAUUAAUGUCAACAACAAGAUGCACAUCAUCGAGGAGAUGGUGCUCUUCCGUGAUUCCCAACCAGUGCAGCACAUUGAGCUGGACACUGAAAAGGGUCAGCUUUAUGUUUCCUCUUUCUCUGAACUGGUGGAGGUCCCAGUUGCUAACUGCACUAAUUAUCAGAGUUGCGGGGAGUGCAUCCUCUCCAGGGAUCCUUACUGUGCCUGGAGCGGAAGGCAGUGUGUGGAUGUCAGACAGACUCCACCAAGCAACGCCUGGCAGCAGGAUGUAGAUGAAGCAGAUACAUCAGCUAUUUGCAACAAGACAAUGCCAAGCCCGCGGUUUGCUAAACCUCCACCUACACGAAUGUCUUCAUGCCAGGUGAUCAUUAUCCCAGCCAACACGUUCAAAGUACUACCCUGCAAGCUGCGCUCCAAUUUGGCUGAAAGGAAGUGGGAGUUCAGUGAGAGCACAGGUCACUUCCAUUACCCCAGUCCAGAGGGGGGCUUGGUAGUGGUAGCUCAAGCUAACAGGCAGGAAGGUUACGAGUGCUGGUCAGUGGAGGAGGGCUUUAGACAGCUGCUGGCAAACUAUUGUGUGAGAGGCGAGGCCAAGCACGAGAGCACCACCCUGACAGGCCGUUCACGUACGCCGCAGGUCUCCCAGGAGGAGUUUAUCAUCCUGCCAGGAGAGGCCCGCUCACCGCAGAUCAACACUAAGACCUACUGGAACGAGCUGAUAGUGGUGUGUGCCCUCCUGGCGUUCUCCCUGGUGGUAUUCUCUCUAUUUGUCGUCUACAGAAACCGCGACCACAUGAAGUCCAUGCUCAAGGAGGGAGAGUGCCCCAACAUGCAGCAGAAGAAGCCCAGAAUAGUGGGGAAACCGGCUGAGAACUUGCCGCUGAACGGCAACACAGUCCCAACGUCGGCGUCAGACCACAAGGGCUACCAGACCCUUAACGACAACUACAUCUGCAGCACUCCACCGCACGAGUGCUCGUCGCCCGACAAUAGCAAGAGCUUCUCCGAAUCAGAGAAGAGGCCUCUGAACUUGAGAGAGAGCCACGUAGAGAUUUCUCCCACAUGCCCACGACCACGCGUCAGACUGGGCUCUGAGAUUAAAGACUCUAUAGUGUGAGGCCGGCUUCAUGUUGUAUGGAGUGACUCAUUUUAAACUGAAAGAAAAAGAGUGCACUUUCUGAGAGACAAACCCUUAUAAAGAGGGAACACAGAGGAUCAUCGGACUCUUCAUGGAGAGAUAUUUCAUCACACGGAUUUUGCACUUUGUCUUUUUGUUUUUUUUUAUGUCCCUAUGGUCGAUUUCAUUUUAUUUUCCUGUCACUCCCCCUUACUGAAGUGCAUUUGAAGCACACUGAAGAAGUUCCAGUUUUGCCUUCAGACUUUUGACGCUUUCACGUAUGGCUCACAGGAAUGUAACAAGCGUAGAGGUGGCGUCACAACUAUGAUUCAGUGAAUUUCAUAGCAUUGCUACUCAGUCCGUCCAUAUAAUCUACUGGUAAUGCUUUGAAAGGCAGAGUGAUAUUCAAACAUGUUCCCACCAACGAACGGCUAACAGUGUUUGCUGCUUUAUUUUCAUUCUAUCAUCUGGUAUGAGCCUACCUUUCGCUGAGGCUAUGCACUGUGUACUGUACUGUAGCAAAGGUAAACACUCACACCAAAAUAUACACUAACAAUCCAGUAGCAGGCGAGAAAAAAAAGAAAAUUCCUAUCAUAGAUUUUUUAGAUAGCCAAUGUGCAUUCACAGAAAUAUACUCAUUGUUUUUUAGGCUUGAAUAUAACACAGCAACACAUAAAUAAUUUUAAAAAGAAGAGUUGUACUAAGAGACUGAAGAGGUUAAUUUAAAAAAUGGACCAUUAUUUAUAAAGUGAAAGAAAACCGGGACACGGAAUCACCUCAGUAGAAAUGUUGUAGAAACUCUUACCACCUCAAUCACUACACACCAAAAACAUGAAUAUAUUAUAAAGUCAUAAAUAAAGACACAUUAUGCUUUUAUUGUAAAGUAUUGGUAUUAUCAGUGGAUACAAAUAUUCCUCUGUGGAAGCCUGACUUUCAACAGGGUGUUCUUUCACCAAAUGUGGAAAAGGGAAAAAUCUCAUUCCAGGUAUUAAAAUGCUGUUCUUCGUGAGAUAGGCAGUCUAUGCAAAGCAAACAAUGUGAAGUGGGGUAAACACUAAGAAAACCUCACCUCGAGACUGAGUAAGCACAAAUGUGCUGCCGCUAUUAAUUACUUUAGGAUCAGCGGCACUGCAAACACACACCCACACACCUACACACACGCUCUCAUUACACUAACUCUAAGUAUGCAAGAUAUUUUAGCCAUUUUGGUGUAUUUUAGUGCAGAAGAUAGGCCAAAUGUUUCUUUUACAGAGAGACAUUAAUCAUAGUCAUUCUUUAAUAUUACAAAUAUCUAUCACUAUUCUCAAAGGGAAAUAAUAAUACAUAUUUAAAUACUACACUUAUUCAUAAUCUGAUUUAAAUAACACACAUCUGUAUAGCCUCAACUUUGAUAUACAUAUUAAUUGAUGGGAGUUGUUGAAAGGAAGAAAAUGCCUCCUGCUUGCUUAAAUGAUUUUAAAGGCAACCUUAAAAGCAACAAUUUUCAUUCUCAUCCAGUAAUAAACUUUAGAAAUGUGCAUUUUAAUUAUCUUGAUUAGUCAUUUCCCUAUUCAGAAAUGUGAUCCACCAAAUUCGUGAGUCAGAUGUUGGAAUAACUUGAAAGCAUUUUUAUACAAUAUUAUUUAAGUCUUACUUGAGUGUGGCUCUAGUGUUGUAAUACGGCCAGCAAAAUAAAGAUUUCACAAAAAUGCAGGAAGGCAUACUGCUUGACUCAGAAUGCAUAGGAUUUGCACAUGAUGUUGAAAAGCCUUAGUAUAAUGCAGGUUAUGGAUUUGAUAACAAAUCUGAAACGGUUAAUGCCUUCUGAAACAAUAAUCAAGAGAUGUGCCUCUUGGAAUAAUAAACUAACCAGGUAGUAGUGCUGUGAAUCAAAUGCUACACUGUAGGUGUGACAGGACUGGCCAUGCUCAGAAACAAGAGUGGAAACAUCGAAUAGAUGUGAUUUGAUACUGUCAACGUUGUAUAGUAUGUGCUCAUGUGGUGUUGUUUUUAUUUCAUUUUUUUGUCUCGGUGGCUUCAACCUUAGUCAGGGACUAAAUUUCAUUCUAUAAACUGUAGCACAUGAAUAACCACUGGCUAAUGUUAAAAUACUGAAUUAUAGAUAAGCAUUAGUAUUAUUUUACAUUUCUUGUAAAUGGCACUGCAAAUAUGACUGUGGAUUUCAAAGACUGGUUAUAAUCAAUCAUACCGUAUGAAAGAGUCAUGCUUCGACUGUUAUUAACAACAAACAAAUGGCAGCUUUUGAUGAAAUGGCUGUCAUCAGAACAAUAUUCAAUUGCAGAACAAAUAUAAAGUGGCUGUGAUUUAGUAAAAUAUGUGCAGGUACUGAACAUGCUUUUAUUUGAAUACAAGCCUAAACUAGUAAUGCCACAGUGAAAGUAUUGUUGUCUGCUCUCUCUUAAUGAACCACUAUAGUCUGGCCUUCUAUUUGUGACAGUACAAGUUGCUCAGACUCUUAUCAACAUGUAAGUACAAAUAGUUUUUAUGUAAAAUUGUUUUGUAAAUUCAGCUGCCAAUGUAAAAAUAUUGUGAAUUGUAUUUUUUUGUAUCAUACAUCACUACUGUUUGUUUUUCUUUUUUGUAUUGUAUAUAAAAAGCACUUUAUUUUAAUUUUUCAAAUAAAGAUCAAAUGGAUACUU